AUGGCAGACAAUCAGCCAAUCCCGAAGCCGGCCGCCGUGGCCAAGCGCACAUCUCUCCCGCUGCUAUCUGCAGGGCCCAAAACUACCACAACCGUCCUCCUCGUCAAUAAUAUCCACUGCGCAUCAUGUGUGGCAUACGCAAAGGAAGUCCUGUUCCAUAUCCCCCACAUCAUCAGCGUUGAUGUGACAAUACUCGCCCACAAGGUCCACAUCCGUCAUGGUCCGGAGGUAUCAACCACCCACCUCGUGAACGCUCUGAUUAAUGCUGCUUUCGAGGUCUACCAUGCAAGUUCUCGCGAUGAGUCGGGAGCAGAAAUAAGCAACAUCGACGUUUCCCUACCCGCGAGUCCGUUCAUAGAACGUCACCUGUUCCGCACAGGUGUCCAGGGUGACAAGAAUGCCCAGGCAAGGAAUAGAACGCAUAUUGACAACUGUGACGCUUGUCGUGCUGAAGAGCUGGCUAGGACCCAAGCAGAUGAAAAGAAGGACCUGUCGAGCUUCCCGCAGCUUCAUGCUGUUGGGGACAAAACGCCGAUGGGCAAUGACCUUUCCAAGAAGCCGGAGAAGGUAGCAGACGAGUCUUGGAUGAUUAAACGAAGCGAUGUCCCCGAUCUCGAGAAGGGUCUUGCUCUGACUGACGAGGAAUACAAUGUAUCCAUUAGCAUAUCCGGGAUGUCGUGUUCCUCGUGCGCUGGAACUGUGACGAGCGCGGUUGAGCAACUUAGUUUUGUGAAAUCCGUCGACGUUGCUUUUUUGACGCAUAGUGCGUCACUCACCAUCCGGGGCCCGAAAGAGAACAUCGAUGAAGUCCUCUCGGUAAUCGAUGGCCUCGGUUACGAAGGGGAACUUCAAGACAUCUCUUUGAAAAGUUCUCCAUCGUCGCGCCGGGACAUCUACGCUGCCACCGCCAGCAUCGGAGGGAUGACCUGCGGCUCCUGCGUAGGAACCAUCACGCGCGGAAUCCAGGAACUCCCUUUUGUUACUAAUGUUGUUGUCGACCUUCUGGGCUCCAGUGCAAAGUUUGAAUUCGAAGGUCGUGAGAGACUCGAUGAGAUUAAGCAAGUUGUUGAGGGUCUUGGAUAUGAAUUUGUGGUUACACAGUGUGUCCCGCUCAAACAAAAUGGAACCGGACCGGACGACAACAGCCCCUUGAAACGGACGGUUGAAAUUAAAGUUGAUGGGAUGUUUUGCCACCACUGCCCUGAAAAGAUCUUGAGUGCUUUAGAAGCAAUGGACAGUGAAUCGGUUUCAGUCGUUGAAAGCCUCACGUUCAAGAAGAAUGUCGUGAAAAUCACUUACCAACCAAAUCCCCCUUCCAUGACCAUCCGGAAAAUUAUUGCUGUUAUCGAAUCUGCCAACGACGCUUUUAAAGCAAGUAUAUAUCAUCCUCCAACCAUUGAGGACCGUUCUCGUGCGAUGCAGCUCCUCGAAAGACGCCGCAUACUCCUACGCUUGCUGUUUGUUUUCAUCGCGGCGAUUCCGACCUUCCUGAUAGGCGUCGUCUGGAUGUCCCUGGUACCUUCAACUAACAGGUUAAGAACAUAUUUCUACGAACCGAUAUGGGCAGGCCAGGUAACCCGUCUGGAAUGGGCGUUGUUCAUCAUCACCACACCUGUCAUGUGCUAUGGUGCCGAUGUUUUCCAUGUCCGUGCUUUCAAGGAGAUCAGAGCGUUGUGGAGACCCCGUAGCAAGGUACCAAUCCUACGAAGAUUUUACCGCUUUGGAAGUAUGAACUUGCUCAUUUCUGCGGGUACUUCUGUGGCAUAUUUUGCAUCAAUUGCGAUGCUGGCUGUCGCAGCUGGAAUGGAGGAACACCAACCCCACAUGUCACCGUACUUUGACACUGUUGUUUUCCUGACCCUGUUCAUUCUUGCCGGACGGUUCUUGGAAGCUUACAGCAAAGCGAAAGCCGGCGAUGCUGUCGCAUCCCUGGGUAAACUUCGUCCAUCCGAGGCUCUUCUGGUGCUUGAUUCUCCGUCGACGAACCCUGAUGAUGCGCCGAGUUCCAACCUCCAACGCGUUAACGUUGAUCUGCUGGAAGUUGGCGAUAUCGUGAACAUCCCGCAUGGCGCAUCGCCUCCCGCUGACGGUAUUGUGACCAGUUCCGAUACUUACCGGUUUGACGAGAGCUCACUGACCGGGGAGUCGAAGCCGAUUACGAAAGUUGCUGGAGAUAAGGUAUAUUCAGGGUCUGUGAACGUUGGACAACCAGUAUACAUCCGAGUAUCCGAUAUCGGUAGCACGUCUAUGCUUGAUCAAAUCGUUGCUGUUGUCCGAGAGGGCCUGACCAAGCGUGCCCCUGUUGAGGGGGUAGCGGACAUCAUGACGAGUUAUUUCGUACCGGUAAUCACCCUCAUCGCUAUCCUCACAUUCGUGAUCUGGCUCAGCUUGGGACUCUCCGGCAGUCUCCCUCCUGACUACCUCGAUUCGGCUCAGGGCGGAUGGGCAUUUUGGUCAUUAAAGUUCGCCAUUGCCGUUUUCGUGGUCGCCUGUCCUUGCGGUUUGGCUUUGGCAGCUCCCACUGCUCUUUUUGUUGGUGGCGGCCUUGCUGCCAGACGAGGGAUCCUUGUUAGGGGUGGUGGUGAAGCCUUUCAGGAAGCGAGUAAGCUUGAGGCCAUUGUCUUUGACAAAACGGGGACUUUGACUGAAGGAGGGACGUUGCGGGUAUCUGAUCAUGAAAUGCUUGUCGCGGACGAGGAACAGCAACGGGUUGCCUGGGAAUUGGCGAGGACUUUGGAACAGAGCAGCACACACCCGAUCGCGAACGCGAUUGCCGAUUUCUGUGCAGAGCAAUCCUCCGUCUCUGUCAUAUCCUCAACACUAACUGAGAUACCCGGACAAGGAAUGAAAGGAAUGUUCUCGCUAACGGUCAACGGUGUAGAGGUUAAAUAUGAGGCAGCUAUUGGAAGUCAACGGCUGUUAGACUCUCUCGUCGAUGAAAAUGGAACUGAUCUUUAUUUCCUAUCCAACACACUCACUAAGUACCAAUCUGAGGCAAAGUCCACCGCCAUCCUCGCCAUUCGCCAAAUCUCCGAUGCUCCCUCCCCAUUCGUCCCUGCUAUUGUCUUCGCAACUUCGGACCCGAUUCGACCCGAAGCAGCAAGUGUGAUAUCCAGCCUCCAAUCCAAAAACAUCGAAGUUUUCAUGUGUAGCGGAGACAACCAAACCACAGCACACGCCGUGGCGGCCACGAUCGGAAUCCCCGCCUCAAAUGUACUGGCCAACGUCCUCCCUUCUCAAAAGGCAGAGUACGUCCGCCAGAUCCAAGACAACAAGCUGCACACCACCACCAGCACCAGCAGCAGCCGACAAGAAACGCAUCAUCGCCUUCGUCGGAGACGGCACCAACGACUCCCCCGCCCUCACCGCCGCAAACGUGAGUAUUGCCAUGGCCUCCGGCUGCCAUGGCCUCCGGCUCCGACGUCGCCGCGCGUGUUCAACCGCGUCAAGUGGAAUUUUGGCUGGGCCGCCAUCUACAACAUGAUCCUGGUGCCGGUUGCGGCGGGCGUGCUUUUCCCCAUAGUCACGGGCAAGAAGGUGAAGGAACAUGGCACGGUGGUGAAUGAGCAUUGGCGACUCGAUCCUGUCUGGGCGAGUUUGGCGAUGGCGCUGAGUAGUAUUUCGGUGGUGGUUAGUAGUUUGGCGCUGAGGUUCGAGUGGAGGAGGGCUAGGCCGUGGAUUGUGCGGAAGGUGCGAUUUUGGACGAAGGCGUGA